UGAGCGUGGAAAUAUGAAGGAAAGAUGAUGGCAGACGUUUAUAGAUAGAAAAAUAUUAUAAAAAAUUGGGCUGAAACUGUGGAAGGCCAAUAAAGCUGUAUCGUAUUUGUAGCUACAACUUUGACAUUGUAUUUUAAUAGCGAUAAAAGUGGAGUAAUAAAAUAUUGCAGAGGGAAAAUGCUUACGCGCAACUAUUUGCGCAGUUUUAUCUGACUGCUUGAUAUAAACAUAUUUUUACAUUCCAGCUAAGUUUUGAUAGGGUUAAUAAAAAAUUCUGCAUUUCAUUCGUUCUUCCUGAGGUAGGCUGUAGGCUCCUGCAGAUGAAGUGAAGGUUACUGUAUUUUUUUUCUAAAUAGCAAGUAUGAUGCCAAUGCACCUUUGACGGCGAAUGCGUUAGAAUACAUUUUAAUUAUCACUUUUACUGUAACUAAAGACUUUCUGACAUUAAUAAUGCCAUGGCGGUAGCGAAGGACUACACGGAUAUCAUCGGAGGCCAUGGGUGGUUUCAGUUCUCAAUUUUGAUAUUCUGCUUCUUCUGUGCUGCUCCUCACUGCAUGCACGACUUCUCCAUCACAUUUUUCGCUCCCAAUAUUGAUUACUGGUGUGCAAGACCCGAAGAGGUUCUUGAAUCUAACAUUUCUGCUGAAAAAUGGAAAAAUUCGAGCAUACCCGUCACCAAAAAUCGCAAUGGUUUAGAUGAAUAUAAUCAUUGCACCUUUUAUAAUAGUUCCAUUGUGAAUGGCUCUUUGUACCACCGGAACGAUUCCGAUGCCAUCAGAUGCAAUUCUUGGGAAUACGAUCAUUCAUCAUAUAAGAGAACAAUCAUAGAUGAAUGGGAUCUUGUGUGCGACCGUGAGUGGUUGGUUUCUAUGGCCAAAACAGUUUACAUGUUGGGCUUUCUUUUUGGAUCUGUCAUUAACGGACAACUUUCAGACAGGUUUGGUCGACGAAAAGUACUUAUUUUUUGUUUAAUCGACUUUUUGAUAUUUGGUUUUCUUACUCUUCUUUCCCCAAACAUCAUCAUGUUUCUCAUAUGCCGAUUCGGCUUGGCCUUCGGAAUAACUUCUGCCUUCGUCAACUCGCCAGUCAUUCUUGCUGAAAUAGUCGGCUUUGAAUAUCGAUCCGUUUAUUGCUUCACUUAUAAGUACGGCUUCACUCUGGCCUUCAUGACGAUGCCCUUGAUAGCUUGGUUAAUACCCGAUUGGUUCUGGUUGCACCUCAUCUUUACUCUUCCAUUUGUUGCACUCCUUUGCGUUUUCUGGGUUCUGCCAGAAACUCCUCGAUGGUUAUUGGUCAAUGGUAAGUUCCAAGAACUUGAAGAACUCUUGUUAUAUGCAGCUAAAAAGAAUGGCAAGGAUAUGAAGAAAGCCACGGUUGAAAUUAGGGACUUCAUCGAUCAUCAUUCACAGGAAAGGUUGAAUGAAGUGGAAAAAGAGGAGAAAGCGACAGUGCUAGAUCUUGUACGGCCAAAAUUGAUUAAAAACACCCUCAUCAUCUUUCUUUGUUGGUUCAUCAAUUCAUACAUCUAUUAUGUCUUAGCAUGGAAUACAAAUGAUCUCGGUGGGGAUCCUUACUGGAAUUUCUUCUUCAUCGGUGCAGUGGAAGUUCCGGAAGUAAUCAUAUACAUAUUCCUCUGCAGGCGCAUCGGAAAUCGUCGUGGUCUGGCUAUAGCUAAUGUCAUGUCUGGCGUUUGCCUGAUUGUUUUGGUGUGCAUUCCCGCUGAUAUGGUCUGGUUAACCAUCCUUUUCUCCGUGUUUGGCAAGUUCUUCACCUCUGCAUCUUUCGACACAGGAUUCGUCUACACGCCCGAAAUAUUCCCCACAGUCAUGAGAAACGUAGCUUUGGGGUCUAGCUCCACUGUGGCGAGAGUUGGUGCUCUCCUCGCUCCUUUCGUACAUCAACUGGCGGAUGUGACAUAUUUCUGGGUACCUAAGGCGAUUCCCGGAGCCUUGUCUAUUCUGAGUGGCUUCUUGGUGAUUUUACUUCCGGAAACAAAGGGAAAGCCGCUUUCAGAUACUUUGACAGAAGAAGAAGAAGAAGAAAUCGAGGAAAUUUCAUAUCCCUUGAAAUAAAAAAGCAGGACAAUUUCAUUCCGAUUCAAUUCGAAAUGAAAAAAAUGCCUUUUAAAUAUUACGAUUUUUUUUUUAGAAACUACUUUAGAAUCUCCUUACAAACGCAAGAGGUUUCCAUUUUUAUUCUUAAGUAAGAAAAAAUAUAUCGGCAUCAGCAUUAGCAUUACUUGGGUGUUUUCCAAAGCCAUAAUGAGUUAUUAUAUAGAAGAUAAAUCUUUUGCACUCCACUUGGCUAGGCUAUAUUAAAAGCAUAAAACUUUUUGAGAUCUAUCUCUUUUAAUAAUAAUAAUAAUAAUAAUAAUAAAAAUGAUAAAAUCUAUUACGAUUUUAACAAAAGUAUUAUACCUCAUCUGUUUUCAAAUCAAAAUGUAAAGUUUGAUUUCAUCCUUUUAUCAAACUUCAAUAUUAAGCUGUUUGAAUUCUCAGAUUUUAUUACGUUUUAAAAUAAUAUGAAAUUGCAGACAUUCUGAAUUCUUCCCCUUCGUUUGUGCACUCAUAAUUCGUCGAAUGACAAUGCAAUGAUCAAGAUGAUUUCAAAAUAAUCACAGGAUUUGAACUCAAUAUAUUUCAAAAAUUAAAUCAUCAAAUGGGUGUAGGGUGCAAAAUAUCCAAAAUGUUGAAUUAUUGAAAACGAUAAUUCAUCCUUUCAAAAAAAAGAAGCAUAGUUAAGAAAACCUAACCAAGGUGUGCACAAAGAACAGCAGUUCUAGAAAUUAUCAAUAUACAAGUAGACAACAAAUCGCUCUUCAAUAGUUUUUCAAUAAACAGUUCCAAUGGCCCAGUCAACUACUUGUUCAGAAUGCGAUAAAUAUUUCAAAGACAGAAUUUUCGACCUCUUGCGAUUAUUGAAUAUGUACAUAGCUCGUUUAAAUUCAAAAUAAAAGAAUCAAUGCAGGAAUUAAUUCUGGAUUCUCUCAAAUCUAAGUUUGGAAAAAAAAUUAGAUUUGCGUAUAUAUAAUCAGUGGGAUAUUUAAUUUUCCCCAUGUGUAAAAAAUUUAUUCAAAAAGUAACCAUAAGAGGACGCUCGCACUUCAUACUGAGAUGUUUCGUGCGAAUCAGGCUUGAUGGAAAGGUAUUUUGAAAUCGACGAUUUCGAAAUACCUAUUGCUCUUCCAAUUUCAUGAGCACUACUACUCCUCGUUGAUUUCAGCUGCCAAUUCUUCCAUGACACUUUUAACAAUAUAAAUGCGGUUUUUUCUUAAGGAUGGCUUGCCACGUGCCUCAAAUUCUUCAAUUCCUCAAAAUGUUUGUUGUAAUUUUAGUAUUUCAAUGAAAUAGAGCUUUCUUUCUUCUUCGGUCUUUUUUUUUCCGUCCGUAACUUUCGCAAUGUUAUAUGAUAAUUGUGGAUUCACCAUUUUUGUAAAAAAGUUUAAAAACGAAUGCUCAGUCUAUUAACGAUAGAAUGCUGCUGGGAUGGAAUGACAAAUCUAUUUCGGCCAAGUGUUUUAUUGCAUGCUUAAUUUGCAUAAAAUGUCUUAGGAUGGUGCGUGAACGUCCUCUUUCGAUUACUUUUGCAAUCAUUAUCAAAAGUCCCGCUGUUGAUAUCCGUGCAUACAUAAUUUUUUUUCUCAGAAUGGCUUUUUUUUAUGAAUUUUUUGCAAAAAUGUAUGAUUCAUCCUAUACUAAAAUUAACAUUAAAAUAAUUACAUUAUGUUAUAUAAUAUUACACUACACUAUUCUAUUUUAUAUUAUACUAUACUAUACUAUAUUAUAUUAUAGUAUAAUAUAUUAUAAUGGCACUUUAUGUAUUAUAAUGAUAAAUGAAACAAUUGUAUUUUAAUAUUUGUUUAUGAAAGUAGCGGAAAGCGAGUUUUAUAUAUCAUGAACUUUUUAAGACAUGAUGGUUAACCGGCACUUUGUCCAAUUAACAUGAGGAUGACUUGAUUAACUUUUACCGACUGCUUUGUUUUUUGGAUCUUUAUCAUAAAUAUAGAUGUUAAAUUCAAUCUUGGAAUAUUUUGUUUAAAUAUUUGCUAUGUACUAAAUUCGAAAAUCUGAAAUCUCGUUAUUUCAUUCAUUAUAACUGUCAUAGUUCAUUUCAAUUAUUCCAUGUUUGUUACUCAAUGUUCUAAACUUCUGUAUUUUUUUUAUUCAUAUCUAAAAUAGAAGUGACAAUAUUUCUCUUUCUGCAAAGACUAGAAGAGAUGAGAUAUGAAACUGUACAGGCACCAACAGAUUUUAUUGAAUAACAGUAAAAUGUUUGUAAUUAUGUAUAUAGGAACGACUGUAUUUAUAUUUGAAGCCUGUGCUUUGUAAUUAAAAAAAUUAUAAAAUACCAUA